AUGGCCACAACACGAAAUAUUUCAGUAACAGCAGCAGCUGAGCAAUACUACAAUCCAGAACUCGUGAAAUUGAUCGAGGAAAAUGGAACCAAGCCAGAGUUAGCUUUACAACAUAUGGGACUAACUGAUAACGACAUGAUCAUUGUGGCGAACACACUGAGAGGAAAAAAAGUAGUCAAGAAGACUUCGCGACAAAUAUUGGCUUCUGCCUCAACAUUAUCAUCGAAUGAAAAAGAAGAAUGGGCGUGUGAACGAUGUACACUGUUGAAUAACGUAUCUAUGAAUAUAUGUGAAGCUUGUUCUCUUUCGCGUCCUCUGUCACGUUUGAAUAUUACGAACUGCGAUGCGCCGGCUUCUACAGAAUGGGGCUGUGAACAGUGUACUCUUUUGAACAAAGCAUCAGUCACAAUAUGUGACGCCUGCGCUGCUUCGCGCCCAUCACCGCCGCCAAGUUUCAAUGUUUCAGUGUUCGAAACGAAAGAUCAAUCUCAAUCAGAUGAUGACGAGUCAAAUCAUGCUCAAGAUAAACCCUCGACACUUCUCGAACUGGAUCUUGCUGCAAACCAUAUUGAAGACGAAGGUAUAAAGCCAUUGAGCUAUGCAUUACGCAAUAAUCACACGCUCGUUACACUAAAAUUAGAAGUAACACAGAUUACAGAUGAUGGCGUACGUUAUUUAGCUGAUGGAUUAUGUUAUAACAAAGGUCUUCAAGAAUUGAAUCUUGUCUAUAAUACAAUCACAAAAGACGGCGCAGAACAUCUGAGUAAUUCAUUAACGCAUAACAAUACGCUCUUUACGUUGAACUUGAGUCACACUGGUCUUGGAGACGAUGGAAUGCGAGCACUAGCAGAUGGAUUAGAAAGAAGCAAAUCGCUGUCUACACUACAUAUGGAAUAUAACACAAUAAAAACUGAAGGAGCAAAAGCACUGGCUGGUGUACUACGAAAGAAUAAUACACUCACGACUUUGAAUAUUGCCAGCAAUGAUAUCGGAGCAGAUGGGACAGAACAUAUCGCUGAUGCAUUAAAAAAGAAUAAAACAUUAACAACACUAAAUCUAAGCGGUAACCAAAUCGGAGAUAGUGGAGCACAACAAUUGUCUGAUGUCUUGAAGGAAAAUAAUACACUAACCACACUAAAUCUUGCCGCGUGUAAAAUUGAAGAUAGUGGAGUGGAAUAUCUGGCCAAUGCACUUCAAAAUAACAGAAUACUUGCUACACUUAAUCUUUCUUCGAAUAAAUUCAAAGAGGAUGGUGCAAAGCAUUUGGCUAAUGCCUUACGGAACAAUGAAGUAAUGAGUCCUUCUCUUUAA